AUGACUUCUCCAACAGUCGGUCUCGGAGCUCGGCUAAUUGGACAAAAUGGUAAGUGUGAAAAAACCGAUUUAUCUAGAUGUCGGGAAAAAAAACGGUGUUUUCAGUCUCAAAACUUGGAUUCCGUGGUGUUGUGACCAGCGCCUCGUCUGGAAAUGCUCAAGUCAAACAAGAAAAGACGACUUUCGGAAAUUUGAAGGACAGCGAUCGAAUUUUCACCAACUUGUACGGUAGACACGAUUAUCGUUUGAAAGGAGCCGAAUCAAGAGUGAGUUUUAUGUGAAAAGUUGGGUUUGGGUGUAAAAUUUGGGGUAAAAUGAUAGUUUUUCCUGAAGGAAAUGGAAAAUUUGCGAUUUUUGAUAAAUUAUCGAUUGAUUUUCUUUUUGCAGUGAAAAUCAACGAAUUUUGAUGAAAACGAAGUUUAAAAAUAAGAGAGAUUAUGUUUUUUCAUAGAAUUCGAUGAAAAAUCAUUUGAAAACCCCAAAUUCCCUUAAAAGGACCAGGUUUCUUCCCAAAAACUUCAUUUUUUUCAGGGUGACUGGUACAAAACCAAAGACAUCAUUCUCAAAGGUUCCGAGUGGAUUUUGGGCGAGCUCAAAACAUCAGGACUCCGUGGAAGAGGUGGAGCCGGUUUCCCAUCUGGUAUGAAAUGGGGUUUCAUGAACAAACCCUUCGACGGUCGCCCAAAAUACCUUGUUGUAAAUGCUGACGAAGGAGAGCCGGGAACCUGCAAAGAUCGUGAAAUUAUGCGUCAUGACCCGCACAAACUCAUCGAAGGUUGCUUGAUUGGCGGAGUUGCGAUGGGUGCGAGAGCCGCUUAUAUCUACAUUCGCGGUGAAUUCUAUAACGAGGCUUGUAUUUUGCAAGAGGCUGUGAAUGAGGCCUAUAAAGCGGGAUAUUUGGGAAAAGAUUGCUUGGGAACCGGAUACAAUUUUGAUGUUUUUGUUGUUCGUGGAGCUGGAGCCUAUAUUUGUGGAGAAGAGACUGCGUUGAUUGAGAGUAUUGAGGGAAAGCAAGGAAAACCGAGACUGAAGCCGCCAUUCCCAGCUGAUAUUGGACUUUUUGGAUGUCCAACUACUGUAGGUUUUUUUUUGGUCUUCUACAACUUGUAGAGCUCAAAAUUUCGCGCAUUUUGGUGUAUUUUUCACCCCGAAAGCUUUGUUCUUAAAGGGACGUCGUUUCGAGACCCUAAUUAGUGAUUCCUAUGUGCCUUUGAAAAUUCCCAGGCUUUAGGGAAAUCAAAAUUCUUGGAAAAAACUGGAGAUUAGGAAUUUUCAAGUCUCUGGACCUUCUUUAUCUUGUAGAGCUCAAAAUUUCGCGCAUUUUUGUAUAUUUUUCAUCCUUGCAUCGUUGCGAGACCCAAAAUAGCAAUUUCUAUGUUGCUUUAAAAAAUUCCCAGGCUUUAUGGGUAUCAAAAUUCUUGGAAUAACCUGGAGAUUAGGAAUUUUCGAGUCCCUAGAGCUAUUUAAUCUUGUAGAGCUUAAAAUUUCGCGUAUUUUGGUAUAUUUUUCACCCUGAAAUCUUUGCAUCGUUGCGAGACCCAAAAUAGCAAUUUCUAUGUUCCUUUAAGAAUUUACCAGAAAACCUAGGCCUUAUGGAUAUCAAAAUUCUUCUGAAGCGAAUUUUUUGCGAAAAGACUUGAUUAUUAUCAAAUUUACUAUCAUUUUCACUCAUUUCCCACGAAAAAUUCAAAGGAACAUACCGUAUUCGCAGGUGACCAACGUCGAAACCGUCGCCGUCGCCCCAACAAUUUGUCGUCGCGGUGGCGAAUGGUUCGCCGGCUUCGGUCGCGAACGAAAUCGCGGAACCAAACUCUUCUGCAUCUCGGGACAAGUCAACAAUCCGUGCACCGUCGAAGAGGAAAUGUCGAUUCCGUUGAAGGAUUUGAUCGAGAGACAUUGUGGUGGAGUUAUUGGUGGAUGGGAUAAUUUGUUGGCUAUUAUUCCAGGAGGAUCUUCGGUUCCACUUAUGCCAAAGUAGGUGUUUUGGGGCGGUUUUUGACCUAAAAUUUGAUGAAAAAUGGUCUAGAAAAUUGAAUUUUUCAUCGAAUUUGAACCUAAAACACAGAUUUUUGAGUUCAGAACCUAAAAAUUGAUGAAAAAUGGCCUAGAAAUGUUGGAAAAUUGAAUUUUUCAUCGAAUUUGAACCUAAAACACAGAUUUUUGAGUUCAGAACCUAAAAAUUGAUGAAAAAUGGCCUAGAAAUGUUGGAAAAUUGAAUUUUUCAUCAAAUUAGAACCUAAAACACAGAAUUUCAGUUCAGAAUCUAAAAAUCGAUGCAAAAUGGCCUAGAAAUGUUGGAAAAUUGAAUUUUUCAUCAAAUUUGAACCUAAAACACAGAAUUUUGAGUUCAGAAUCUAAAAAUUGAUGAAAAAUGGCCUAGAAAUGUUGGAAAAUUGAAUUUUUAUCAAAUUUGGGCCCAAAUCACAUGUUUUUUGAUUUCAGAGCCUAAAAAUUCAAAUUUUAAUUCCCAGAGUGCUUUAGACACCUGAAAAAUUCAAAAUUUCGGGUCUAGACGCGAUUUUUGGCGCAGAAAGCUUUGAGAAUCGCUUCGAGACCAGAAAACUUCAGUUUUGAUGCCAAAAAUGGCUUCCAGACCAUGUUUUCAUAGAAAUUUCAAAUUUGAACACGAAAUUCUCGAAAAAAUGAAAUUUCCCGUCAAAAAACUGUAAUUUUUCGUUCCAAGAUCAAUUUUUCUUUGAAAUUUCGAAAUUUUUGGGUCUUGAAGCGAUUUUUAUUGAUUUUUCGGAGCCAAAAACCUUGAAAAAUUGGAAUUUCAAUAAAAUUUUCACUCAAAAUAUUCGAAAUCUCAUGAAAAAUCACAAUUUCACAAUCAAAAAUCCCCAAAUUUCCUUCAGAAAUGUCUGCGACACAGUUUUGAUGGAUUUCGACGCGUUGGUCGCCGCUCAAUCCGGUUUGGGAACCGCCGCUGUAAUUGUUAUGAACAAACAAACUGAUAUUGUCAAAUGUAUCGCCAGAUUGUCGCUUUUCUAUAAACAUGAAUCGUGCGGACAAGUGAGUUGGUUUUUGACGGGGAAUUUGAGAAAAAUCACGAAUUUUGAGCCAAAAAACGUUGAAAUUGGAUGAAAAUUACCCAAAGAUCAAUUUUUCGAAGUAAAAUUCAUCAAUUUUCAAGUUUUUCAUAUCAAAAUUACUCAAAAUUAUUCAAUUUUCAAGUUUUUUAUAUCAAAAAAUAACCCAAAAAUUCCAAAUUUUCAACCUAAAUUCAAUUUUCAGUGUACCCCAUGCCGUGAAGGAUGCAAUUGGUUGAACAAAAUGAUGUGGCGUUUUGUUGACGGCAAAGCCAAAUCCUCUGAAAUCGACAUGAUGUGGGAAUUGUCGAAACAAAUCGAGGGACACACGAUUUGUGCGUUGGGAGAUGCAGCUGCUUGGCCGGUUCAGGUGAGUAUUUUUGGGCUGAAAUUGACUGGAAAUUUGAAAAAAUUCCGCGAAAAUUGACCCAGAAUACCAAAUUUUGACUUGAAAUUCGAUUUUCUCGUGAAAAACUGACCCAAAGUCAUCUGGAAUUCAAAAAUUCACAAUUUUGACAAAGAAAUGGUCCAAGAGUCGAAAAUUUGAAAUUUUCAGCCAAAAAUCCUGAAAUUUUCAAAUUUUCGGUCUCGAAGCGAUUUCGUGUGAUUUUUGGUACCAGAUACUUUGAAAGUCGCUUCGAGACCCAAAAAAUCGAGUUUUGACGCUAAGAAUCGUCGCAAGACCGAAUUUUCUGGGUCUCGAAGCGAUUUCGGGUGAUUUUUGGCGCAAAAAAAUGUAAAAUUUUCAUAAAUCAUCAGACGGUUCAGAUUUUUCGAUUUUCAGUCAUUUUUUCACCACAAAAUCGAAUUUCGACCCAAUUUUUCUCAAAAUGUUCAAAAAUCACGAAUUUUUGCAGGGUUUGAUCCGUCACUUCCGCCCAGAACUCGAACGUCGAAUGGCCGAAUUCCAUAAACAAGUGCUCGCCGAGCAAGGAAACAAACAAAUCCAACAAUAA